GGGAGUGAAGUCAAGCGUGCACCUGACACUUUCUUGGAGUGCUCAUAGCGCGCUGUAGCAUUGCCAAAACAAUGAUGUGAUAUAACGUGAUACCAUGGGAAAAUAAAGGAAACGCACCAGAGAGAUUCCACAGACAGGAGUGAAAUUUAACGGACCCAAUAACCGUCACAGCUCGCGCCACCGGGGACCGGAUGGAAUACAAACGGAAUAGUCAACGAGUGACUCACCUUUUAUACAGUCCGUUAUUUAUGGUGAGCGUGCGAUCUGCUGUGCGCACAGCUCGCCAACACGUCAGAUAACGGUCACCUUGUAGUCGCCUGUUAAUGAAGAAUAUCUUAAAUGAGUCUGCUGAACAAACGUCGUUGAACUAACAUGGACCCAAGAUGAAUUGUGAGUUUGGGAUAUCGACUAUGUGGGACUAGAGAUGUGACCUCUUUAUUUUUCCGAAGUCAUGACAGUUAUUAAGUAACCUAACGGAACAUUCGACUAAUCUCUCAAGAUGGCCCUCAGUCCCGUCCUUCUCUUUCUCCUCUCUCUGAUUGGCUGCGGCCACUCCCAGGAUGACAUCAUCGACCCCGGCCUGGCCCCUCCCUCUCCUCUGGGUUGCGGUGUGAACGUGGACCCCUUCUACCGGACGUUGUGUGACCUGGAGUCUGUGUGGGGGGUGGUGUUGGAGGCCGUGGCCUGUGGUGGAGCCAUCACCUCCCUGGUCCUCUCCGUGGUUCUCCUAGUCAAGCGCCACUCCAUCCUUGACCCAGAUCGGCGCUCUGGCCUGGGUCCUCUUCUCCUCCUGCUGGCCUCCCUCUUGGUUCUCUUCUCCCUGUCCCUGGUCUUCCUGGUGGGGCGUAACGAGGCCCUGUGUGUGGUCCGCCGGGUCCUCUGGGGCCCCCUGUUCGCCCUGUGCUUCUCCUGCCUCCUGGCCCAGGCGGUGCGGUUGAAGAGGCUGGUGUCUGGAAAGUCUAGCCCCAAAGGGAGCUCCCUGGCUGGGCUUGGCAUGGCCCUGGCCCUGGUCCAGGGGAUCAUCUCUGGAGAGUGGCUGCUGCUGACAGUGGUGAGGGAGGGCCACGGGGCCUGCGACUACCCACCGGUAGACUUUGCCCUGGUUUGCAGCUACGCCCUGGGGCUGCUCCUGAUGGCGCUGUGCCUCUCCCUGGCUGUGGUGCUGUGUGGAGGGGAAGGGGGAGGGGACGAGGCAGAGGAGGGGAGUGACGGAGGGUGCGAGCGGCGUUGGAAGUGCAACGCCGUAUGGCUCUUCCUGUCCUGCCUGGCGUCCCUGUUGCUAUGGGUCUCCUGGCUUGUGCUCUAUCUCUAUGGCGACGCAGCGUUGAGGGGGGCGUGGUUGGAUGGUGGGGAAGGGCGGCGAAAGGACUGGGAUGAGCCGGUGUUGGCGGUUGCCUUGGUGGCGCAAGGUUGGAUCCUGCUGUUAUUUCACGCUAUCCCAGAAGCCCACCUGUGUCUGAGGGACCCGCCGGUCCCCAACCAGCAGGACUACUUUCACACCAGCCAGCCCCUGCAGCCCUGCUUCCAACAGGAGGUGCCAUUACCCACACACACCCUCACACACAGGCCCUGCGCAGAUAACCAGACCUACUCUAUCGAGGAACACAGCGCAGCACUGAGAGGUGGGUCGUACCAUAACGGACAUGGGGGGAUGCGUCCUGGGAUCCCCUUCAGAGGCCACAUGUACCAGCCCACUGAGAUGGCCCUGGUGAUGAACGGAGGAACGAUGCCUACCGCUCCGGUGAACUACACAGGGAGACAGCUGUGGUGAGAGGAGAACCUUGGAACCGGUCUCCACGGCAACACGGCAUAUUAUGCUGCCGGAAUGCUCCGGAAUGUUUCCAAUGUCACUCAUAACCCCAUCAAUGCCUCUACCUCACCUCACCAUUGACUGUACAAAAGCACUGCAACAAGGAAUUUACCCCUAGCCACAGAUCUAGGAUCAGCUCACACUAACUUUUUUUUAUACACUUUGGUCAUUGAGAGGAAAAGGGAAAAACUGAUUUGAGAUCAGUGCUCACAAGAAAUGUCAUUCCAGGAUUGACUGCAGGAGAUUCAGAGAAGGGUAACAAAGACAUUGCCUCCCCCGUCUUAACCCAUGCAGACUGGAAUAUAUCCCCAAUGAUGAUGAUGAACGUCAAGCUCGCUCAGUGAACAGUUAUCGUCUGCGCCCCAAAUGGCACCGGCUCUGGUCAAAAGAAGUGCACUACAUAGGAAUAGAGUUCCAUUUGGGAUACAGGGAUACAGACUUCUGUUUUUCUGUAAAAUAUUUUUUUGAUUUUCUGUUUUGUUGUUUUAAAAAGGGG